AUGAUCUCGGCUAUUCAGUGGAUUCGCAAAGGUGCUGCUGCUCAACACCCUAAAAAGUACGAUCUCAAUGACGAGGAGUAUGCCAGAAUCAGCAAGUUGGCUGCUGAACAACUUGAAGACGCUAAGGAAGAAUUAAAGGCUGCUGAAGCUAUGACUGUCGAUUCUACUCAAAAGAGCACCGAGGAAAAGAAAGAAGAAGAUGAAAUGGCUCAAUACAACUUGGAUAAUUAUGAUAAUGAAGUCGAAGCUUCCAACAAGAAGGUUGGCAUCUUUUCAAACAUCAAGGAUUUGGCCUUUUAUGAAGACGACGAACAAGAUCCUUAUGUUACCUUGAAACACAAUGUAGACGAAGAAGAAGAAAAGAAAGAACUUGAAGUUCUUCCUACCGAUAAUAUGCUGUUGGCAGCAAAGACUGAAGAUGACAUCUCUCAAUUGGAAGUACAUGUUUAUGAAGAGGAUCAAGAAAACAUUUAUGUUCACCAUGAUAUCAUGCUUCCUUCUUUCCCUCUUUGUCUUGAAUGGUUAGAUUUCCACUCAGCCACUGGCAAGGUGGAUGCCAACACAUCUGGCAAUUAUGUUGCUAUCGGUACAUUUGAACCUGAUAUCGAAAUCUGGGAUCUUGACACAGUCGAUGUUAUGUUCCCCGAGACCAUCCUUGGCCACACAGACAAGUCCAAAAAGAGAUCCAAAAAGGUCAAUGAUCAAUACCAUGUAGAUGCUAUUAUGUGCUUGUCUUGGAAUAAGAAUCAUAGAAACUUUUUAUUGUCUUCUUCAGCAGAUGGUACUGUCAAAUUAUGGGAUUUGACAACUUCCAAGUGUGUUCAAUCUUAUAGCCAUCACAAAGACAAGGUUCAGUCUGUCGCAUGGCAUCCUACUGAAGCCACUGUGUUCUUGACAGGUUCUUAUGACAAGUCUGUCUGUGUUCUUGAUGCUCGCUCUCCUGCUCAAGUCACUCGUUGGGAUCUUGGUAGUGAUGUUGAAUCCAUUCGCUGGGAUCCUCAUAAUCCCUCCAACUUCUUUGUUGCUCUGGAAAACGGUAUGAUUCAAUACUACGAUGUCCGUCAAGCAGAAAACGGUAAGGGUGGUAAGGCCCUCUUUACAAUUCAAGCACACGAUGAAGCUGUUAGUGCUUUUGAUAUCAACCCUCUUAUUCCCGGAUGCAUUGCUACUGGUAGUACAGACAAGAUCAUCAAAAUCUGGAGUACUGUAGAUAACAAGCCUAGUAUGGUCACUAGCCGUAAUUUCGAACUUGGUAGAAUCUUUUCUACUCAAUUCUGUCCUGAUUCCCCUUUCCAACUUGCUAUUGCUGGUUCAAAUGGUAAAAUGCAUGUUUGGGACAUGUCUUCUAAUGCUGGUGUGCGUCAAUCUUUCCGUCAUCAAUCGCUUGCUGGUUUAACUCCUUCAGAAGAAAAGAAGCCUGUGACUACAAUUGAUGAUCAUGAAGAAGAUGAUGAUAUGGACGAUGAUGAGCCAUUACAAGGAGAAGAUGUUGGUGAAGAUGAAGAAGAUAUGGACGAAGAAAGUGAUUAA